AUGAACUAUGUGCUGCUGUUUCAGUGUUUACGGCCUUUAAGAUUACCUGCAUCUUUUGGGACACUUUCUUUGACUGCUGAGUGUUUCCGGUGGCUGUGUAAUCAUAGGAAUUACAGCUACGGAGCUGCCGGGGAUGGUAUAAAAGUUGAUUUGUUGCACCAUCCCGAGUAUCUCGAGCAGAAUGCAACUAUUGCUUUCCAGGCUGCCAUUUGGAGGUGGAUGACCCCAAUCAAGAAGAACCAACCUUCAGCUCAAGACAUUUUUGUCGGCAACUGGAAACCAACCAAGAACGACACAUUGGCCAAGCGGGGUAAUACUUUUGGUACCACUAUGAACGUUCUUUACGGAGAAUACACUCGUGGGCAGGGCGAUAUCAAUCCGAUGAACACCAUUAUCUCCCAUUACCUCUAUUACCUUGAUCUGCUGGGUGUCGGGCGAGAGCAGGCAGGGCUGCACGAUGAGCUAACUUGUGCCGAGCAAGAAGCUUUCAACCCAGCCUCAUCUCCCAAGACUGUAACUUCUUCUUGAGCUUUGGGUUCAGCCAAAUUUAUCGUUAAACAGUACUUGUCAAGGAGGGUUAUUCAAUAAGAGAGAGGGGAAAUUAGGUGGUUGUAAAAUCAUUGUCCAUGUCGCUGUGAGAAAGGGCCCAUCCACUUCAUUAUACUAUAUAUAGUUAUACGUUGAUGUGCUGCUGCUAGGUGGUCUUUAUAAUUUGCUUGGUUUGUGUGUAGGUUUUGAUACCAUUUGAUGCUUGUUGUGCUGUCAAUGACAUUGAAU